CUCCGUACAGUUUACAUACUUGCAUCUUCAAAGCUCGGCCACUGUUGUACUGGCUCAAGUACAACCGCCACAAGACGAUGUAUACAUUUUGUUAACGAACUGCCACAUUGCUCACCGUGGUUUUGGAUGCAUCAUUACAAAUUGCAUCGUUAAGCUGAUUAUUUUAUUCCGUUCACAGUUCUACGGUCACAGUUUAAAGUUGCACCUGUUGAGCUUCCCUCAGAAUCAAGGAGCUGAGGUACAAACAUCUACUUGACUCUCUCGCCGAGCACUGCAUAAUCGGGCAUACCCGUCUCUGGGGCCCGUCCGCGGGCGACUCGAUCAGCUCGCUGUCGAGUGCGGAUCCCGUUCCCAGAAUGGCCGCCCAGGACAUGACCCUCCUCCUGGAGGGAGACGCAAUGAAUGUCGAUGCAGGAAUCCAAGGCAUUCAGGGCAUCCAGGGAAUCCAGGGAAUCCAGGGAAUUCAGGGCAUAGAAAACGCCAUGGCAUUGGACGAGGUUGACCUGUUCGGUGACCCCGUCAUGGGCAAUGCCCUUGCCGGUUUGCCGGCUCGCCCGCCAUUGAGCAAGCAGCUGCAGCAACGUCUCGAUGAGCUGCGUUCCCGCGGCUGCUGCCAGGGCAUCGCUUGGUCUCGUCAGGGCACCAUUGCUGCCAUCUCCAAGGACGGCAUGUCCAUCGACCUGCGGUUUAUCCGCUGCAACCCUCAAAACGGCGACUGGGACAUGAGCGAGCCGAGCCCCUGGUCUAACGUCUCGCAAGGGCCCUCUUCCAGCCCCGCCUCCACUUCUUCUUCCAGCCUUACCCUGACCUCGGCCGGUGCCCCCUUUGUCCACCUCGCCUGGGCACCAACAAGCACCCUCGACCUCGCCGUCCUUGACGCUCUCGGUCGCCUCACCAUCCUUACCUUCUCCAUCACUCUUAACCGCGGCUACCUCGCUCGCCGCUGGGACAGCGACCCCGUCGAUGAUCUCCAUGCCGUAGUCGGCUGCUAUUGGCUGCCCUUGGGCGUCCAUCCGAGCAGGCAGGUCUACGCAGCCUAUGGCCCUGCAGUCUGGGCGCAAAAUGAGUAUAGAUAUGAACACAAGGUUUACCCAGCCUUUGGCCCUUGGCAUCCCAACGUGGGCAAGAGCGCUCUGUUGUGUGUCACGACCAACGGUGUACUUAAACUCUUCUUUUCGCAAAACAACAACCGCAUUGAAGAAACCGCUCUCGAACUUGAGAGCGUUACGUGUUCCGACGAUCUGAUCACCCACGCAUCGUUGUGCUCCGACAUGAACACGCUCCUGAUUGCCCUCGCGACUUCCUCGAAACAGCUAAGGAUUGUGCGCGUCCAGAUUCAGUGGGGUCUGCCCCAAGUCGAUAGGCAGGUGCUCCCCGGCAGCAUGCCCCUGAGGCCCUCUCUACGCGAAAGCCAUGUUGCCGUUACCAGCUGGCUCCGCCGUGGCCCUGGCGAGUCGGCAGCCGACACGGCGUCGGCCCAGCUCUCGCACAUUGAGGUCCUCCCCUCCGCCAUGGAAUCACCGGGCCAGAUAGCCCCUGCUGUGGUUUUGACGGCGCGGUCAUAUAUCCCAAACGAAACCUCUCCAUACCACCAGGACUGUCAAACCAUCAUUGAUCGCUGGGAGUUGACACACGAGCAGUCGCAAUCGGUUCAUCCGGCCUUCGAACAGCUAGGUUCCAAGAACGGCGGCGGACCGGUUCCUCCUAACGUGACCCGUCUACGCUACCUAGGCCAGCUAACCAUACCCAAGAUCGUCGUAACCAUCCACACUAUGCAGCUUGGCAGAGUCAUCUGCUUUGCCUUUAGCGACGGUACUGUUCAGUAUAGGGACCGGUUCACCAUGAAUGAGGUGUACAACGAGCCUAGCCCCAGCAGCAUCAUGAGCCCUCUUCAGGCGGGUUUCCGCUUUGUCAAUGAUACCCCGUGUCUUCAAGUUGCUUUUUCACCUACCCAUUGCUCCUUUGUCCAGAUAUCCGAGGAUUGGACAAUAAAAUGGAACCGGUUACACUACCCAGUUGACGAGCCGAACAUGGCUCUACAAGGCACUCAACAGAGCGCCGUGCUGGCCGCGCUGAGCCUCGCCAUAGCCGGGGCGGGUACCAGCACUAGCUACGAUGAUAUUCUGGCCAUUGCCAGGCCAUUAACACAAAAGAAGCCAGAUUUCACAUAUGCAUGGAUCCGAGAAAUCGUCAACAUGCUGAAGAUCCCGGUAGAUUACUCCGAGGACGCGCAUCACGAGCAGCUCGUCAGAAACACGUUGCUGCAGCUUUGCCUCAGCAUCAUGAACCACCUGGGCUUUCACGGAGACUUUCAGCCCCGCUCAUUCUGCGGCAAGUUUUCCAUGCUGGCCCUGAGCGUGAGGAACAUGGUCAUCCUCGUCACCAUUGCUAGCAACGCGCCCCCCAAUCUCAAGGAAAAACUGAAUCCUCUGGACGAGCCCGAGGUGGUGGAGGCGCUGGCUGGAUGCGCAAAAUGGGUCGUCGUUCUGCUCUCCUGGCUGGCAGAUUGCCUCUUCCAGCUGCUCGACGACCCCGAGGUCAUGGCCAUGCUGGCGGACCCCAAGCGCUUCGCGGAACUGGCUGGUUACCUCCGGGCCCGGAACGACGUCUCGCUGCACUUGCUGCUCUGCUCCUCAACGCGCGGCUUUCUGUCUGCCGCCUGCCGCCGAAUCACCCACCUUGGGACGGUGAGCAGGAAGGCGAGAAUGUUCUACGAGGCUCAAAAACAACAAAUGCUGCAGCAGCAGCAGCAGCAGCAGCAGCAACAACAACAGCAGCAGCAGCAGCAGCAGCAGCAACAGCAACAGCAAAACACGGACUCUUCGGCCACACUCUCCUCGGCCACCAACCCAGGGCUGCACCAAGCCUACCUGAAGCUGCAGUACGCCGUCUCGUCAGCCCUGGUCAGCGUCGAGGCAUUUGAGCAGCUCCUGAGCGGGCUAGGCAAGGACAUCCAGACGGCGUACCGCACCAAUCUGUCUGGUGUGCUGCCAAAGCCGGGCCAGGGCGGCGGCGUCGCGGAUCAGCAGCAGCAACAGCAGCGCAACGAGGAGAUUAUGCGCAACGCCCAGACACACUGCGAGCUCGACAUGCUCCUGGCCGCCAACCCGCCGCCGACGCUCCGCGAGGUGCUCCUCCAUUUCUUUACCAACACCGUGCCCGCCUUCCGCGCCCAGACCGACCCGGGCAAGCUGUACUUUGCCGACUUUAGCCUGCUUGACGUUGACGACGACCCGGCCGCCCUAGCCGCCAGAAAGGCCUCCGGGAGGUACCUGGACGUGUUUAAGCGGGUUGAACUGCUGACGACGACCGCCACCACCAGCGGGCCUGGGACCGGAACCGGGCAGCCGCUAAACGGCGGCGGCGGCGCGAGGGGCGGCCGUGCCGAGGGGGUGAUCGCUAGGAAACCCACUAUCGCUAACGGAGGAGGGCUGUCGGCUGCGGCCAGAAGCGAUGGCGCUGCCACCGUGACAGCGGCCGGCGAAGAAGGAGGAGGUGGAGGAGGAGGCGGCGGCGGCCCUCAGUGGCGGCGCUGCGUGCGCUGCGCGUCCGUCAUGGAGGACGUGUGGGGUCAGAGGCCCGGCUUCACUUUCGUGCUGGCCCAGCAGAGGAAGUGCUCGUGCGGCGGGAAUUGGGGGUUGCUGCCUAGGGGAUCUUGAAUAUCAGGGGAAUACAGAACCAGGUAUCUUGCAUGGUUAAGUUUUGGUAUAGCUAAGGUGGGCAAUUGGUUUUGCACAGCUACGCCAUCAUUACAACAAGUUGAAUAUAUCAUGACUCGUAACAAUACCUAGAUAUUCAUACUACAUUUAUCUACCUACAU